AUGCCCAAAGAUGAAGAAGACACUGGUAUAUCUGUCAACAGCGAGCCCGAUGGCGACAGCGACGAGCACGAUGUCCUUCUCUCGUCGACCGACCAGACUCCUGUGCUGACCCGAGACUCGUCGACGGCUGAUCUCAGUUCCACCCGACCUUCAGCACAGAGACACUCUUCUCUUUCGCAGCCACGAAUCGACGGCACUCCCCGGACGACGCAGCGGGUCCGGUUUGAGUUGGAUGACCAGCCAAACGGUCGGGUCCAAGAAGAAUGGAUAGACGAUGAAGAUUACCUCAAUUCUCCCCGACAAGAUGUUCCGCUUCUCACGGAUAUUACACCACCAGCGGAUUCACCGUUUCUCUCGGACUCCUUUCGGCCGGAAGAAUACUUGCCAGACGCUCGGCCAAAGAGUGGGAUGCAAAGCGCAUUUAUGAACAUGGCGAAUUCAAUCAUAGGAGCCGGGAUCAUUGGACAACCAUAUGCAUUCCGGCAGGCUGGUCUGACGAUGGGCACAAUACUCCUCGUUGUGCUUACAAUCACGGUCGACUGGACAAUCCGCUUGAUCGUGGUCAAUAGCAAAUUGUCCGGCGCAGAUUCAUUCCAGGCCACUAUGCAGCACUGCUUUGGUAAGAGUGGUCUGGUAGCCAUCUCAGUUGCACAAUGGGCAUUUGCCUUUGGUGGCAUGAUUGCAUUCUGCAUAAUUGUCGGAGAUACUAUCCCGCACGUCAUCGAAGCUCUCUUUCCCGGCAUCGUUCAUGUCCCAUUUCUAUGGCUUCUGACCGACCGCAGAGCCGUUAUUGUGCUCUUCAUUCUAGGCAUCAGUUGGCCGCUGAGUCUAUAUCGGGAUAUCGCUAAACUAGCCAAAGCAUCAACUUUAGCAUUGAUCAGCAUGUUCAUCAUUAUCGUAACAGUUGUCACCCAAGGCGUGGUUGUUGAUUCUGAUCUUCGGGGAAGCGUCAAAGGGCUCCUCUUCGUUAACGAUGGCUUUUUCCAAGCCGUCGGAGUGAUCUCGUUUGCUUUUGUCUGCCACCAUAACUCAUUGCUCAUAUAUGGCUCUUUAAAAACACCCACCCUGGAUCGCUUCUCCACUGUCACCCAUUAUAGCACCUUCAUCUCCCUUGUUGCAUGUCUUAUCUUGGCAUUUGCAGGAUUUCUCACUUUCGGCGAUAGAACGAAGGGCAAUGUGCUCAAUAAUUUUCCUUCUCAAGGACAUCUGAUGGUCCAGCUUGCUCGACUUUGUUUCGGGCUCAAUAUGUUGACAACGCUUCCCCUGGAGUGCUUCGUUUGCAGAGAAGUCAUGAAUAACUACUGGUUUCCAGACGAGCCGUAUCAACCGAAUCGACACUUGAUUUUCAGCAGUGUUUUAGUGGUUAGUGCUAUGGGGGUCAGCCUUGUGACCUGUGAUUUGGGGGCAGUCUUCGAGUUGAUUGGCGCUACCAGUGCUUGUGCACUUGCCUACAUCUUACCUCCACUCUGCUACAUCAAGUUGAGCACUAGAAGCUGGAGAACUAUCCCUGCCGUGAUUUGUAUCAUCUUCGGGUUUGCGGUGAUGACUGUGAGUCUGGUUCUGGCGAUGGGUAAGAUGAUUAAAAAUGAGGGUGAGCCACAUCAGUGCUGA